AUCGAGUUGGCGUGCGUGGGAAUGGGAUAAGUUACCCUACUUUGUGCGCGCGAGAGGAAGAAGAAAAAGAACAAAAGAAAGAUUGAAAAGGAAGCCCAGUAAACCUCUGUCUCACUCCCUCUCUUCCUUUUCACUGUCCUUCACUUCUCGCACCAGAUUCUCUCCUUCUCUAUCCUUCUCUCUUUCAGAUUCCGUCAUCUUCGCCUAACUUCUUCUCCUUCUACAAUGCCUUGUAUCCUCUGUCGAAGGACUUCUAUUUUUCCCUCCAUGUUGCAUUAGCUUCGCUAAUCUUUGUUCCCUCAUACUGAAUUCACUCGUCUUGCUUCUCUUGGUGGUUUUCCGUCGUAUUUCUCUAUCGAUUGGGUUUCGUUUUUCUUCUUUUGUUUAUGAUAUGUUACAAACGAUGAUGAUAAUUCAAAUUCAGACGGUUUGAGGCCGCUUAGGGUUUUUAAUUUUCAUUGAGCUGAUUGCAGAAAAUGCUUCCGUGGGGUGGAAUUAGUUGCUGCUUGAGUGCUGCUGCGCUUUAUUUGCUUGGCAGGAGCAGUGGCAGGGACGCCGAGGUUCUUAAGUCGGUCACAAGAGUCAAUCAACUGAAGGAAUUAGCAAAAUUACUUGAUAUUGAAAGCAACAUCUCACCGUCGGUUGUUUCUAUCUCUGGAAGAGUUGGCUCUGAGACUCCAAUCAAUUGCGAGUAUAGUGGCUUGAGAGGUGUUAUAGUAGAGGAGACGGCUGAGCAACACUUCCUCAAGCACAACGAUGCUGGAUCUUGGAUUCAAGACUCAGCCUUAAUGCUAUCAAUGAGUAAAGAGGUGCCAUGGUACCUGGAUGAUGGAACUGAUCGAGUAUAUGUUGUGGGGGCCCGGGGUGCCUCAGGUUUUGUGUUAACUGUUGGAAGUGAAGUUUUUGAAGAGUCAGGACGAUCACUUGUACGUGGAACAUUAGACUAUCUCCAAGGCCUCAAGAUGCUUGGUGUGAAGCGUAUUGAAAGGGUACUUCCAACUGGUACUUCAUUAACGGUGGUUGGUGAGGCUGUCAAAGAUGAUAUUGGAACUGUUCGGGUCCAGCGUCCCCACAAAGGGCCAUUUUACGUUUCUCCUAGGACUAUUGAUGAACUCAUUGGGAAUUUGGGAAAGUGGGCAAGGUGGUAUAGAUAUGCCUCAGUCAGCUUGACAGUUUUUGGCGCUUUUCUGAUUGCCAAGCAUGCUAUACAGUAUAUCAUGGAAAGAAGGCGCCGUUGGGAAUUGCAGAGCAGGGUUCUUGCUGCUGCUGCUGCUAAGAGACAAGGUCAAGAUUCUGAAGGUUCAAAUGGAAAAGCAGAGAAUGGAUCCGACAAUUCUAAGAGGGAACGUCCAGUUCCAGAUCUCUGUGUAAUAUGCCUUGAGCAGGAGUAUAAUGCCGUUUUUCUCCCGUGCGGCCAUAUGUGCUGUUGUACAACAUGCUCUUCACAUCUGACAAACUGUCCUCUGUGCCGGAGACGGAUAGAGCAGGUAGUGAAGACUUUCCGCCACUGAGGAUAUGUUUCCAAGAUUUAGCAAUUGUCCCAGGUAUAGGCAAUUUUAAUGGGGAGCUGAUUUUCCUGCACAUAAGAUUUUGUUGUAAAAUCCUUUUAAUUAUGGUAAUAACUUUAUUGAUAUUUAUGGACUACUCCCUGUCAGCUCCUGCUGUCAUUGCCUAGAGUGCUGAGAAACAUUCUCUUGUAAAGAUUCUCAUCUUAGUAGCUUAUAGGCUUUGUGAAAAUCUAUUCGACGAUAAUCUUUUAAAACUUAAGAUGAUUUACAGGCAGGCAUGCAUGUAUAUGAUGUUAUUCUUUGGGUAAAUUUGGGUUGAAGAUGUAAUGGAAGGUUUUAUAUGUUCUCAUUA